CCUAGUCAGUCAAGAAGUAGGUGGUACCGAUGACCAAGUGGGCGUGAUGGUGGGCUGGUGGGCGUGAUGGUGGGUCAGGUGGGUGUGAUGGUGGGCCAAGUGGUGGAGCGUCAUCUCACCGGCUGUCACCUGGUUCUCAUAACCACUUCACGUCACUCUCACUUCUCUUCAAGCAUAAUCAGACGCUGGAAUGGUGAAAUGGAAGCUGGCGUGGUAGUGGAGGCGGGGCCGGUGACCAGCCAGGACCAGCUGGACCACCUCCUCCAUGGCCAGGACCAGCUGGACCACCUCCUCCAGGGGCUGUGGACUGACGCUAGAACCACCUGCCGAGGACUCGUUCUUGAUCUCACCUCCAACAACAAUACCAACCAUAUACUUGAGUUUCUAGAAAUGUCAGGUCUCUGGAAGCUGCCGGAGACGGUGGUAAUAGCCAUAGGUGAGAGGGCGGGGGUGAGGGCCGUGCUCCUCCACCACAGUCUCCGCAACACUGUCCACGCCCUCUACCUCGCCCUCCACCACGCCUCCCUCUACGCCAUUCAACUGGCUCUCCAUGAUGCUUCUCUUCAUAUCUCUUCUCACUUUGGUACCUCAGUUGCCCAGAGACCUAAGAAGGAAGCAGAAUCCUCAAGCUGUGUACUAGUGUACCGGCGAUGUCUGUACUGCAACACCGGGGAGCCGGACGUCCAGCUGGUCCACCGGUGCUUCCCCACCUCUCCCACUCUCCCCAUGGACCACCUCUUUCAUGGUAAUACCAGAUUUUAUUGCAAUUUAAUAUAG